UCCAAAAUGGCAAAACAAAGGGGGAAAUACAGCGAAAAUAGGAUUCCUCUUCCAGUUAUAUUUUCCCCUUUUGACUUUCGCCGUAGCUAAUAAUAAGUCUCCGAUCUCGUCGUCUGCCCUGGCAGCCAUAGCCACCACCACCAAACCAAUCGCUCGAAUCUAAUCUCUUCCCAGUUCCCCAGUCUCUCUCAGCGCUCCAAUCGCAGCUUCCUCGCCAUGACUCGCGGAAAUCAGAGGGAGAAGGAUCGCGAAAGAGCUCAGUCUCGCGGCGGCAAGGGCGCCAAGGGCAAAGAUGAUGGCUUGACCCCUGAACAGCGCCGCGAGAGGGACGCCAAGGCGCUGCAGGAGAAGACGGCCAAGAAAGCGGCGCAGGCCGCCGGAGGGGAAUCUUCCGGAGGUAAAGGGAACGCUAAGAAAUAAAAAAAGACAAGGGCUUUGAUCUGAAAACAAUUUGGUUCUGUUUGAUCUUUUGUUUAACCAUGACUGCGAAUUGAGUUCGUUCUGGAGCGUCUUAUAUUCGAACCUUGCCUGUGUGUACACUCUGCAUAAUAUUGGAAAAGUGGAGACUUUGUGAAGCCUGAAGGUCCAUUUUUGUGCUACUGAUAUUGUGGAUGUGUAUGGUUUAUUUUCACAUGAUUCACUUCCAUUGACAACCUUGAUUUUGUUGUGUUGUGUCUGUGUUGAGCUGGGUCUCGGUUGCUUUUUGCUCUGUGAGUUACUCUUUCUCAAAUUGGAAUACUGAAUCUAAUGCCUUGCUAACCAGAAGUGAAUUUGGCAUAGAUAUGCUGUAUAAUGUAUAUGAUUGGUUGCAAGUUAUCCUGAUGGAGUGAUGGUCAUGCCUUGUGCACAUUCUGUCGUGAAAUUCGAAUAACACAUUAGUCUGUAAUGGUCUCAUGUAUAAUGCUGUGAUGAUUUUGUAUUUGACCCCUCAAGUAGUUAAGAUUGCCAUGUUCAGAGGAUUAGCGAAUCUGGACUCGUAUCGUAUAGCAAAUCUGCAGCUACCAGGCAUAGAUUAGUUG